UUAUGCUCAUGCCCAGAACUGUGGCUCAUUCGUUGUCCGCUUUCAGACGACGGCGGUCCUGUCUACGCUAUAAAAGAGAAGCAUCCAAAAAGAUGUGCAAAUUCACCAAUCGUCUGUUUGUCUUGUUCUUUCUGCAAUUUAUUGGCUUGGCCAUGGCAAAGCCAUCAAAAAUGCGUAGCUCUGCCAGCGAUUUGCUGGAGCUUUUGUACAACGAUUAUGGGGACUAUGGCUAUCAGCAAGAGGAGAUCCAUUAUGAUCAACGUCAGAAGGGCGAAGAAAAUCUGAAAUUACGUUUAGAUGGUUUCGUAAUUGGAAUGCCAUCGCAAGAUGAUUCCUCCUGGCUGGACAUACUUGCCGAUGAAUAUCUAACUAAUGCAUUCUCGAAGAAAACAGCUGCAACAGACGCCGAGAAUUCUGUAGCGGACACAACCACUGCACAAGUAGUAAAUAUACCCGCUCCAAAAAAGGACAUCGAAAGCCGACAACACGCUAAUGAUGAAACCGCAAAUCCACCGCGAACGAAGACUCAUAUGCUUCAACUUUUGCAAAUGUUGCGACGCACACAGCCCUAAAAUAAAUUAUUAUUAUAAUUUCAAUUAUUAAGCAUACACAACAUUUACAAUAUAUACAAAUUUUAUCGAACCAAUCACAUACGGGACCUCAAUUAGUUUCAAAUUUAAAUUUGGCGCUUUCGAGGGCUGGCACAUAAUAUUUUGUUAACACUGUGCGCGAUAGAUAGUAACGAUAAAUGUGAAAUAUUAUCAAUACGUUUCACGUUGUUACGGUAGAUUCACGCAACACAUAAAAUACUUGUACUGGUAUGGAAUAUCAGAUAUCAAAUUCAUACAUUUUAAAAUACUCUAACAAUUUUGCAAAUCUAAGAUUAAAAACAAACAAUGAUUAAAUCAUUCACGAUAUUUUAAAGGAAUAAAAUUUCUAAAACUGUCGUAGCAUUAUUUUUAUAUUAAAAAGAAUUUUUAAUUUUACUGAUAAUAUUUACA